AUGGCACCCAGCUUCAUUCUGACAUUGUCGGGCCCCGAUCGGCCCGGCAUCGUGCACGCCGUGACCGCAUUCCUGGUGCAGCACAACCUGAACAUCGUCGACUCGUCGCAGUUCGGUGACCCCACCUCGAAGCGCUUCUUCAUGCGCAUGCAAUUCGCCCCCGAAGGCACCACCGACAUCCCGGAACUCGAACAGCUGCGCACUGCCUUCAAGCCCACCGCCGAGUCUUUCGCAAUGACCUACGAGAUCCACCCUACCACCCAGAAGCCCCGCGUGUUGAUCAUGGUCUCCAAGAUCGGCCACUGCCUCAACGAUCUCCUCUUCCGCCAGUCCACCGGACAGCUCAGCGUCGAGGUUCCCCUCAUCGUCUCCAACCACCCCGACUUCGCGCCCCUCGCCGCCACCUACAAUAUCCCCUUCCACCACCUUCCCGUCACUGCCGACACCAAGGCGCAGCAGGAGGGCCAGAUUCUCGAGCUCGCCGCGCAGAACAACAUUGAUUUGAUUGUGUUGGCCCGCUACAUGCAGGUUCUGUCGCCGAAGCUGUGCGAGGCCAUGUCCGGUCGCAUCAUCAACAUUCACCACAGCUUCUUGCCCUCUUUCAAGGGUGCCAAGCCCUACCACCAGGCCCAUGACCGUGGUGUCAAGAUUAUUGGUGCCACCGCCCACUUCGUCACCAGUGACCUCGACGAGGGCCCUAUUAUCGAGCAGAACGUUGUCCGUGUUGGCCACGGCAUGAGCCCCAAGGAGCUGACCCACGCUGGCAGCAACGUUGAGAGCAACGUUCUUGCCACUGCUGUCAAGUACUUUGCUGAGCGCCGCGUUCUCCUUAACGGACACAAGACUGUUGUGUUCAACUAA